CUUAUGCUUCAUGCAGCAAAACGAAGAAAGUGAAAGCAGCAGGAAAGAAAGACCUUCCGGAAGAGGAGAUUUUCUGGACAAUCUACUGCCCACAUAAGGCUUCACAAUUGAGAUUCAGGUCCACAUUGGGAUGGACAACAAUCCCCCAGAAACAGUUUCAUCUCCCCAACCACCAUUGAGGGAGAAUUUGAUUGCCACGGCUGUGAUGUUCCUGCAGAAUCCCAAUGUUGCGCGUAGUGCAUUGGAUCAGAAGAGGAAGUACCUCCUGACAAAGGGACUCACUGAGGAGGAGAUUGAAGUUGCCUGCCAACGUGCCGGGGUGUACAGUAUGAAUCCCAAGCAAUUCCAGACUGUUGUCAAUAUGAGUACCUACCCAUGUGCUGCAGCUCAACCGAGUUUAUUCCUUCGUGUCCGGGAGGCGUUGCAUUCUGUGGCAAUUUUUGGUGCCAUCACGUGGUUCAUCUACUGGCUCUACCGCACGUACAUUGAGCCCUUCCUGUUUGGGCGGAAGCGCAGGAAGUCCGUGCGGGAGACAGUUAGUGAGCUCGAUGAGCGUAUCCGGACGGGAUUUACAGACUUAAAUGCCGAAGUGGCAAAGUUGCAGCAUGAUCUGGAUCGUGCUGUUCAACGGAGUGCCCUUGCGGAGGAGAUUCUGACCAUUAAGGCCGAAGUGGAGGCUGUCAAGGGGAUCCUCCUGAGUAGGAAGCAAUUCUCGCAGUCACCCCAUGUACCACCUUCCAUCCCAGCGUGGCAGCUAAUCUCUGAGAAGGCUCAACAUCAUCCGGAUGAUAAGAAUGAUGACAACGACACGGGCUCCGGGUCCAGUGAGACGGAAGUUGUCACCAAGAAUAGCGAUAGUAGCUUGGAGAUAAUGUAAAAAGAAAUGAUUUUACGGAGAUUUGACACUCUGGAGGCUCUGCAGAGUUAUCCGGAAGUGAAAAAUUGUGGGCAUUUGUUUAAGAUUUAAAACUUCAAAGGAAAAUUUCUUCUCCUGGCCAGGAAGAUGAUCAACGAGGGAGGUAAAAGAAAAAAAAAAACCUUUAGUCGAGUACCAAAUAUACUUCUUAUGGGGGCACUUGGGGGCGCUCCCAGUAUGGGGAUUUUAUUUUGUAAAUUUUGUGCCGUGUUGGAAUAAAUUUUUAUUUCAGAACAA